UCAGCAUUUGCUGCUCUAUGACUACGUCUGCAGUAUUGAAAACCGGAAGUUUUGAAAGCGUGAACGUGAAAACGUAAACCAUGAAUGCGCCACCCACAUUCGAGUCAUUCCUCUUGUUUGAGGGAGAAAAAAAAAUACAAAUCGAGAAAGAUACCAAGGUUCCAAAUGCUGCCCUCUUCACAGUGAACAAGGAAGACCACACUCUAGGCAACACCAUUACAGUUCAGCUGCUGAAGGACCCCCAGGUGCUCUUUGCUGGGUACAAGGUGCCCCACCCCCUUGAACACAAGUUUGUUGUGAGGAUUCAGACCACUCCCGACUACAGCCCACAGGAGGCCUUCACCAACGCCAUCACAGAUCUGAUCAGUGAGAUCUCACUGCUGGAGGAGAGAUUCAAAGAAUCAGUCAAGGAGCGCCAGGAAGGAGACAUAUGAAGAGGAAGUACCAGAGCAGGAAUAUGACAAAACAUUUCUUUUGAGCCACUGCCGACCUAGUUAUUUGUGGUUCAUCCCUUUUUAUCAUGGUAUUGGUAACCAGGGUGACAGUCAUUAACAUUUGGAUCCAGAGGAUACCCACGGGAUGGGCCAUUGAAAAUGUUAUGGUUUGUGGAAAUCUACGGAGGGUUUGUAAUUAUAAGUAGUCUCAAUGAUACAACUUGAGCUGAGAGUAAUGUUCAGAAUGUCAUUUAGUCCCUUUGUGUUACAUUCACAACUACAUUGUGAAUGAGAGGCGGUGGGGUAGCCUAGUGGUUAAAGUGUUCUCUUGUCCCACCAAAGGAUCAGGUCCCGAUUCCCCACAUGGGUACAAUGUGUUAUGCCUAUUUUUGGAGUUUCACCACCAUGAUAUUGCUGGAAUAAUUGUAACAAUGGUGUUGACCCAGCUCACUGUUUCUGAAUAAAAAAUCAUGUGCUCUUCAACAUGUUUAAAUUAAGGAAUGAGAAAAUUCCUUUAACUUUCAUGGGAAUCUUUAAACCAUAUGUUUUUCAUAAACAGAUCUUUAGUGGCUAUUGGCGAAAAAGGUCAUCACAUUUCAUUACAUUGUAUGCAUUGUAAAUAAAUCAUCUUCAUCAGGA